AUGGCUACAUCCGAUGGAUACGCAAAGAAGGUCUGCCGACUCGACAGCCUGGAUGCUGCUCAGUCAGAUCUUUAUGGUGGACCCAAUGUCGUCCUUCCUCCCAAGCAUUUAAUGGCUUCUACUUCUGACCAUAUCUCCAACCACUCGAACAUGAUUUCCAAAACCCGCCCCGAAGAAGAAGUCUCAUCUGAAGAUGACUGCUCUAAUAUCCCUACUCCUAUGUCCAACCCGCCUGCAGUCACUAGCGAUGACUUUGCACUGGCCUUUGACAUUGACGGCGUCCUCAUUAAGGGCGGGAAGCCUAUCCCCGCAGCCGUUGAUGCGAUGAGAUACAUCAACGGCGAGAACCCGUAUGGAGUCAAGGUUCCAUACAUCUUCCUCACCAAUGGUGGUGGUAAGACCGAGAAAGAGCGCUGCCUCGAUCUCAGUCGCCAACUCGACCUCGAGGUCGACCCUGGCCAAUUCAUCUGCGGUCACACCCCCAUGCGUGAAAUGGCAGAGAAAUACCACAACGUCCUAGUAGUCGGUGGCGAGGGCGAAAAGUGCCGGAUCGUCGCUGAGGGCUACGGGUUCAAGAAUGUCAUCACACCCGGCGAUAUCAUCAAGACGCGUCACGACACCACCCCGUUCCGCACAUUAACAGAUGAGGAGCUCGAGAACUCCCGCCUUCUCGACCUCGAUAAUCUUCACGUCGAAGCCAUUUUCGUCUUCGCCGACAGCCGUGACUGGGCCGGCGACCAGCAGAUCAUCCUCGACUUCCUCAUGACAAAAGACGGCUGGUUGAACACACGGUCGGAAACCUUCCAAGAAGGCCCACCGGUCUUCUUCUCGCACACUGAUGUCGUGUGGUCUACAUCACACGAACACUCGCGCCUUGGAAUGGGUGCGCUGCGCGCUUCCCUCGAAGCUGUGUACGGUGCCCUGACAGGAAAGGACCUCAACACCAUUGCUUUUGGUAAGCCCCAAAUUGGCACUUAUAAGUUCGCCACGAGGCUUCUUCAGAAAUGGAGAAGUGACUCUUGCGGGAUCAAUAAACCGCCUUCCACUGUCUACUUCAUCGGCGACACGCCCGAGUCUGAUAUCCGUGGCACAAACGAGUUCAACGAGACCACUGAGAACGAUUGGUUCUCUAUUCUUGUCAAGACUGGUGUAUACCAGGACGGUACUGUCCCCCGCUUCCCGCCCAGGAAGACUGUCAACACUGUCUUCGACGCUGUCAAGUUUGCUUUUGAGCGUGAGCACAACAAGCCUCACAAGGGCUCGUUGGUUUCUGAGAUUGAUAUUGAAACGAGCCAGAAGCUUGAAGAGAUUGCUAAUUAA